UGCUGAACUUUGUUCCGCGGAUUGGGUGGCUUUUAAUAUUAAUGAUGAUAUAGAACCUAAAAGUGAUGAAAAAGCUUACCUAAUCAAAUCUAUUUUCAAAAAUGACUUUUAUCUUGUACUUGUUACGGAUCUACGGCGUCUUUGGUUUGAAGAAUUAAGAGGCAUGGAAAUAAUUGCACGCGCAAAAGAGAUAGAAACAGGUUUAGAUAUUACGGAUGAACUUCAAUUACCAAAUUUGUUAACACUGCUCUCUGAACUUUUGAAAGUUCAAAGAGAGGAUUCAGCCUAUGAUUUCAAUUUAAGAACAUCAAUAAAUCUCGGGUUGGCAUCUCUUCGAUGGUUGUUUUCAUGUGAAAUGAUAUCAUUAUCACGAGAAACCGAAAAUAUGAAGAUUAAUGCUCUCGAUGAACAAUCAGUCCUUUAUCAACAUUUUAUACUACCUAUGAUGCAUAUUGCGUUAGAAUAUAGAGAGCAAGUAAACCUCUUAAAAACUAUGAUCAAGGAUAAAGAAAAUGAAGUGGCUGAAAUGCUAGAAUUAUUAAAUAAAGCAAAAUUAUCUGAUUAUGAUAGAA